AUGAACAAUCCUAUAUUUCAAAACGACUAUGGAGUAAAUCCACCAACUAAUGAAAGUUAUAAUGAGGUGAUUAAAUAUAAGAGAAAACUAGAAAUUGCGGUAAGUAAUAAAAUAACAGAUCUGCAUCAACAUGCGUCAGAGCUUGAAUUACAAGCAAAACGCCAGUGUCUAGAAAUUCAAGUGCAAUCAAAUGAAGAUAUUCAACGUGUAAAUGGCUUUCUUGAACAGAAAGCUAACGAAGAAGGAGCGGAUACAAUGCCACUUUGGUUUUCAAACUGGGCUAACCGUUUUGCUAGUGAUAUGUCAGAUUUGAAAGGUGAUAUGUCAGAUUUGAAAGGUGAUAUGUCAGGGUUAUCAACUGCUUUGAAUCGAGUUAAUUUCAGAAUCGCACGCAUUGAAAACAAAGAGCUGAGAGCUUCCGGUUUCUCUAGUGGAAAGCUACCAUUUUUGAAUGGGCAAGAGCCCGACGAAGAUUUGCCGCCCAUUCUAAAUAUCGAAGACAUUGAAAACUUAACAAGAGAAGAAUGUGUUCGUUAUUUAAGAGGCUACGGUGUUUCAUUUACAAACAACGAGACUAUUUCAUUGAAAAAGAAAUUAAGAGAUGCAAUUGGUUUCACUUUAAGAAGUGAUUCAGUAUUCGACUUUCAUAGUUUUCGAAAUUAA